GUUAGUUGCUUGCUUUGCUGCAGCCAGCCCCGCCCGCCCAUUCUCUCGCAUUGAAAAAUCAAAGUCAAAGUCUUCCCUUGGCCUGGCCUUUCCUUGCCUUGCCUUUCCUUUCCUCGGGCAGGGAGCUAUUCUCUCCUCCUCGGGUCCGGCGUUUACCCUUGUUCCCGUCCAGUGAUGAAAAGCCCGGAGCCGGCUUCCUACGCUUCCCGGAACCCUAGCUCCGGCUCCCGCUACACCGCCUCCAGCUUCCCUCCUUAUUCUCCCACCUCCGCCUCAACCGCCAAGAAGCGCAACCCGGCGGCUGAGGCCUUGAGAUCGAUCGCCGGCCUCUUCGCUUCUUGCUUCACCCCUCCACAGCCUGACGCCUCUAGCAACUUGGAUCCCUCCAAUUUUCGUUCUGUUACGUCUGAUGGUUCGGGAUCCGGAAAGAGACGACGGAGCUCGGCUGGGGGAAGCAAUAGCAUCUACGGAAGUCCGACGGACAACCACAAGCGAGAGCCAGGGAGCAUGAAAUUUACCAUUGACCAGAUCUACCGAGCUUCCAACUCAUUCUCGCCUUCCUUCAAGAUCGGCCAAGGUGGUUUCGGGACCGUCUACAAAGGAAAGCUCGAUGAUGGAACCCUUGUUGCUAUCAAGCGGGCCAAAAAGAGUGUGUAUGAUAAGCAUUUAGGUACGGAGUUUGUAAGCGAAGUCCGGACGCUAGCUCAAAUAGAGCAUUUGAAUUUGGUCAAGUUGUUUGGGUAUUUGGAGCAUGGAGAUGAAAAAAUUCUUCUUGUUGAGUACGUCCCCAACGGAACUCUCAGAGAACACCUGGAUUGUACGCACGCAAGUGUUCUCGACCUUUCUGUGCGACUGGAUAUCGCCAUUGAUGUGGCCCAUGCUGUCACCUACCUUCACAUGUACACGGAUCAUCCAAUCAUUCACAGAGACAUCAAGUCAUCCAACAUUCUGUUAACUGACAACUUUCGAGCCAAGGUGGCUGAUUUUGGGUUCGCCAGGCUGGCCGCUGAUUCGGAAUCAGGAGCUACUCAUGUGUCCACCCAAGUGAAGGGAACAGCAGGCUACUUGGACCCAGAGUACCUCCAAACUUACCAGCUCACCGAGAAGAGCGAUGUUUAUUCGUUUGGAGUACUGCUGGUGGAACUAGUUAGCGCCAGGCGCCCCAUUGAACCAAAGCGGGAACCCAAGGAGCGCAUCACAACAAGAUGGGCAAUGAAGAAGUUUAGCGAUGGGAGUGCAAGCUCGAUCCUGGACCCGAAACUGGAACACAAUGACGCGAAUCACUUGGUCCUGGAGAAGAUUCUGGAACUUGCCCUGUUGCAGUGUCUGGCACCUCGCAGGCAGAAUAGGCCAAGCAUGAGGAAGUGCGCGGAGGUACUUUGGGGGAUUCGCAAGGAUUACAAACAGCUAGCAGCUCUCGAGAUACCUUCACUUCCCUCCUAUUCUACCUAGGCAGGGCUCCGGAUAGAAAACUCAACUCAAGGGUCGGGCGAAACCAAAUGCUUUAUUUCGUACUAAUUCAUUCAUUCUCAGUGUCACGCCACACGGGUUGCCUUGUCAAGUUUAAACCGUCGACAUAGAAACUUGUACGUAUGUAUAUACAUAUAUAGGGGAAAAGCUUGCUGGAGGUGAGAUUUACUUGGUUUUUUCUUUUUUUUUUUUUAAAGACAAAUCAAGGGAUGCAGCGGGUGAAGUGUCGAAAUAGGUUAGCCACAAUUAUCAUUGUUUUCUUUCAUUUGGCAAUCGCAACCACUAGCAGUAGCAGGUAACUGCUGAUUGAAGAAGCCAGUGUUGGGAGAGAAGAUUUGUUGAAAAGGAAAAUCAGAAUGCAAUCAAACGUGAUUUGCUUCUGUUUAUUGAGUUCUGUUUUAUACACUUUUACAGGAGAUACAGUUGAGAGAUUGAGGGAUAGUGGAGAGAGUACAUGAGAAGUGGAGAGAUUACAGGAAUAGAUUGAAGUCGUCAUU